AUGAACAACCAGCCGCAGCCUUUCCGUGUAUACGAUUCCAAUCAAAAUAAUGCCAGGGAAAAGAAAGAUGACCUGCUAAAUAAAGGAUUGGAAACGGACGAUUUGUAUGGACCGCAGAUCACGGACAAAGACGGCGCUCUUUUGGACGAGCAUGACAGCUUCUACUACACCACCAAGAGUCUUCUCGUGCUCUUCCAAAUCAUGGGGGUCAUGCCCCUCAUGAGGGUGCCAAAAGAUGCACAAACAACUGAAAGAACAACCUACAAAUUUUUAUCUAAAGCAACUCUAUGGGCUUACUUCAUAUGGAGUCUUGAACUUUUAAUUGUUCUUAAAGUGGGUGAGGAACGCUUAACGAAUUUCCAACAAAAUACCAAUAAGCGCUUCGACGAGGUGAUAUACAAUAUAAUAUUUCUCAGCAUUCUCAUCCCACAUUUUCUCAUACCUGUUGCUUCAUGGAGGCACGGCCCGCAAGUGGCAGUAUUCAAGAACAUGUGGACUCAAUACCAAUUAAAGUAUUUAAAGAUCACUGGGACCCCAAUAGUGUUUCCCAACCUGUACAUAUUGACGUGGGGUCUAUGCAUAUUCUCGUGGGCUCUCAGUGUCGCCGUUAUACUUUCACAACAUUACCUGCAAGACGACUUCGAAUUGUGGCAUUCCUUCGCCUACUAUCACAUCAUUGCUAUGCUCGACGCAUUUUGUGCACUAUGGUAUAUAAACUGUAACGCUUUUGGGACUGCAUCAAAAGGCCUCGCAAUGAAUCUGCAUAAAGUUUUAGAUUCAGAACGCCCUGCCUUGAAGUUGGCACAGUAUCGCAACCUGUGGGUGGACUUAUCACAUAUGAUGCAACAGCUCGGGACAGCUUACUCUAACAUGUACGGAAUCUACUGCAUGGUUAUAUUUUUCACAACCACUAUAUCUCUCUAUGGAGCCUUAUCUGAAAUCUUAGACAGAGGCCUCAGCUACAAGGAGAUGGGGCUUUUUGUCAUAGUGGGGUAUUGUAUGACGUUACUGUUCAUAAUCUGCAAUGAAGCCUAUCAUGCAACUCGAAAGGUGGGUUUUGAGUUUGCUCUUCGACUUUUAAAUGUGAAUCUUGCUACCAUCGACCGGAGCACCCAGCGAGAGGUUGAGAUGUUCCUGGUGGCCAUCGCCAAGAACCCGCCCAUCAUGAACCUUGACGGCUUCACCGACAUCAACCGGGAAUUAUUCGCAGCAAACAUUUCCUUCAUGUCAACUUAUUUGAUAGUGCUCAUGCAAUUCAAGUUAACGCUUUUACGACAGGGAGCUAGAAAGACAAUCAAAGCAGUUGUCAAAAGUUUGUUAAAUACAACGGCCAUAAUGCCCGAUGAAGAAAGUGAAGAUGACGAAGAUGAUGAAGAAUAA